AUGUCUACCGCGGCAGUCUCAACUCCCAAGCCCUCGCUUCGACAGAAAACGUCCAAGACGACUGUCAACCAGGGCGGUGACCGCUUCAUUCCCAACCGGGCUGCCAGUUCCGCCAUUGCCAACACAGGAUCAAGCAAGGCCAACAUCCCGGACAAGAAGAAGAAGAAGCGAUCCAAUCCAGGCAUCUCAGAAGGAUCAAUGGAAGCCGCCCAGAAUGAAGACGCCUCUACUGCUUUUGAGGGCUUGAGCAUCCUCGAUGACGAUGAGGACGACGGCUACUCUCGCCCCUCGCCAAAUACCGUGGCCUACCAGGACUCACUUGCCGAUGUCUGCGGCGUGAGCCUCAAGACUCGCAUUCUGGAAUUCAAGCCUGCUCCUCCCGAGUCAUCCAAGCCCGUGGACUUGCGCCAGCAGUACAACAGACCCCUGCGAACUGCCGCCUCCGGUCAGGCUCGCCGACGCAUUGCCACCGCUCCUGAGCGUGUCUUGGAUGCACCUGGUCUGAUUGAUGACUAUUAUCUCAACUUGCUGGACUGGAGCUCCGGCAACCAAGUCGCCAUCGGUCUGGAGCGCAGCGUCUACGUCUGGUCCGCAGAUGAGGGCAGCGUCAACUGCCUCAUGGAGACGUCUCCCGACACCUACGUCAGCAGCGUCAAGUGGUCUGAGGAUGGUGCCUACGUCGGCAUUGGCCUUGGCACGGGCGAAGUCCAGAUCUGGGACGUGGCCGAGAGCCAGAAGAUUCGGAGCAUGUUCGGACACGACACCCGUGUUGGCGUCAUGGGCUGGAGCAAGCAUCUCCUUUCCACCGGCUCCCGAAGCGGCCUUGUCUUCAACCACGAUGUCCGCAUUGCCAAGCACAAGAUUGCCGAGCUCGUCUCCCACACCUCUGAGGUCUGCGGCCUUGAGUGGCGGGCUGACGGCGCCCAGCUUGCCACGGGCGGCAACGACAACCUGGUCUCCAUCUGGGACGCCCGCUCUCUGACGGUGCCCAAGUUCACCAAGGCCAACCACAAGGCGGCUGUCAAGGCGCUUGCCUGGUGCCCAUGGAACACAAACCUGCUCGCCACUGGCGGCGGCUCCUACGAUCGUCACAUCCACUUCUGGAAUUCAACCACCGGUGCUCGCGUCAACAGCAUCGAUACCGGCUCCCAAGUUACUUCUCUGCGCUGGAGCCCUCACCACCGCGAGAUUGUGAGCUCGAGCGGAUUCCCAGACAACACUCUCAGCGUCUGGAGCUAUCCCACGCUGGUCCGCAACAUUGAAUUUCCUGCUCACGAGAGCCGUGUCCUGCACAGCUGCCUCAGCCCCGACGGACAGAUGCUUGCCACUGCCGCCGCUGACGAAUCCUUGAAGUUCUGGAAAAUCUUCGAGAAGAGGGCGGGAACCAGCGCUGCAGCCUCAGCCGCCUCUAGAAAGGCCGACAUGGCAAAACACAUGACGAUUCGCUAG